AUGUGCAACUCCUGCCCCUCCUUCUCCCACUCCUGCCCCCUCCUUCUCCCACUCCUGCCCCCUCCUUCUCCCACUCCUGCCCCCUCCUUCUCCCACUCCUGCCCCUGUCUUCUCCCACUCCUGCCCCUGUCUUCUCCCACUCGUGCCCCCUCCUUCUCCCACUCCUGCCCCCUCCUUCUCCCACUCCUGCCCCCUCCUUCUCCCACUCCUGCCCCCUCCUUCUCCCACUCCUGCCCCCUCCUUCUCCCACUCCUGCCCCCUCCUUCUCCCACUCCUGCCCCCUCCUUCUCCCACUCCUGCCCCCUCCUUCUCCCACUCCUGCCCCUGUCUUCUCCCACUCUGCCCUGCCCUCUCUUCUCCCACUCGUGCCCCCUCCUUCUCCCACUCCUGCCCCCUCCUUCUCCCACUCCUGCCCCCUCCUUCUCCCACUCCUGCCCCCUCCUUCUCCCACUCCUGCCCCCUCCUUCUCCCACUCCUGCCCCCUCCUUCUCCCACUCCUGCCCCCUCCUUCUCCCACUCCUGCCCCUCCUUCUCCCACUCGUGCCCCCUCCUUCUCCCACUCCUGCCCCCUCCUUCUCCCACUCCUGCCCCUCCUUCUCCCACUCCUGCCCCUGUCUUCUCCCACUCGUGCCCCCUCCUUCUCCCACUCCUGCCCCCACCUGUGCCCCCUCCUUCUCCCACUCCUGCCCCUCCUUCUCCCACUCGUGCCCCCUCCUUCUCCCACUCCUGCCCCUCCUUCUCCCACUCGUGCCCCCUCCUUCUCCCACUCGUGCCCCCUCCUUCUCCCACUCCUGCCCCCUCCUUCUCCCACUCCUGCCCCCUCCUUCUCCCACUCCUGCCCCCUCCUUCUCCCACUCCUGCCCCUGUCUUCUCCCACUCCUGCCCCCUCCUUCUCCCACUCGUGCCCCCUCCUUCUCCCACUCCUGCCCCUGUCUUCUCCCACUCCUGCCCCCUCCUUCUCCCACUCCUGCCCCCUCCUUCUCCCACUCCUGCCCCUGUCUUCUCCCACUCCUGCCCCCUUCUUCUCCCACUCGUGCCCCCUCCUUCUCCCACUUCUGCCCCCUCCUUCUCCCACUCCUGCCCAUGUCUUCUCCCACUCCUGCCCCUCCUUCUCCCACUCGUGCCCCCUCCUUCUCCCACUCCUGCCCCCUCCUUCUCCCACUCCUGCCCCUCCUUCUCCCACUCCUGCCCCCUCCUUCUCCCACUCCUGCCCCCCCUGUCUUCUCCCACUCCUGCCCCCUUCUUCUCCCACUCGUGCCCCCUCCUUCUCCCACUUCUGCCCCCUCCUUCUCCCACUCCUGCCCAUGUCUUCUCCCACUCCUGCCCCCUCCUUCUCCCACUCCUGCCCCUGUCUUCUCCCACUCGUGCCCCCUCCUUCUCCCACUCCUGCCCCUCCUUCUCCCACUCGUGCCCCCUCCUUCUCCCACUCCUGCCCCUCCUUCUCCCACUCGUGCCCCCUCCUUCUCCCACUCCUGCCCCCUCCUUCUCCCACUCCUGCCCCUCCUUCUCCCACUCCUGCCCCCUCCUUCUCCCACUCCUGCCCCUGUCUUCUCCCACUCCUGCCCAUGUCUUUCUCCCACUCCUGCCCCCUCCUUCUCCCACUCCUGCCCCUGUCUUCUCCCACUCGUGCCCCCUCCUUCUCCCACUCCUGCCCCUCCUUCUCCCACUCCUGCCCCUCCUUCUCCCACUCGUGCCCCCUCCUUCUCCCACUCCUGCCCCUCCUUCUCCCACUCGUGCCCCUCCUUCUCCCACUCGUGCCCCUCCUUCUCCCACUCGUGCCCCUCCUUCUCCCACUCGUGCCCCUCCUUCUCCCACUCCUGCCCCUGUCUUCUCCCACUCGUGCCCCCUCCUUCUCCCACUCGUGCCCCCUCCUUCUCCCACUCCUGCCCCCUCCUUCUCCCACUCCUGCCCCUCCUUCUCCCACUCCUGCCCCUGUCUUCUCCCACUCCUGCCCCCUCCUUCUCCCACUCCUGCCCCCUCCUUCUCCCACUCCUGCCCCCUCCUUCUCCCACUCCUGCCCCCUCCUUCUCUCACUCCUGCCCCCUCCUUCUCCCACUCCUGCCCCCUCCUGCAGACUGCUUGUGUCUGCACGCAAAAUACUUUUGCGUGUCAAUAAUUGAAGCAUGA